AUGAACCGCAUCGAACUCGGUCGGGACCCCAUCGUUGCCCGCGAGCGCUACCAAGAGCGAGGACAAGACCUUGUUCGAUGGAUCAACGAUCCUACCGCGAUUGGUUGCCGCAUCCAACAAGCGACAUUAACUUUCUCGCAGAUUGUGCCGUUGUGUUCUGACUACGCCGGACCAAUGCAAAUAGCCCUGGCUCCUUCUCUCGUGUUUGAUGUGGCGAUGCCCAUCACACCCACUCAUGCCAUGUCCUUUACCCUCCACUUUGACAACGCACAAUGGAUUGGAAUCACAGCGCCCGGUUUCAUCAUUAUUGAAAGUGCCCACCGGCCGCUGGCUGCGCGCGAAAAUCCCGGCCGGGAUCCAUAUAUCUCUGAGAUUUCUCUUGCUGUGUAUGCGAGAGACUACGAGCGGAACACCCUGCGGUCUGUUUUCAUUGACAACGCGGUUAACGUCCAGACUGGGGAUCUCAUUCGCAACGUCAUCAACAGCAAUUGGCCAGCCAAUCGCUCUCAGCUUUGGCUCAUGGGUAGCCAGGAAUACGAAGAGAUCCUUGGUACUCGGCUAGGUAAGGUCGUGGCCUACAUAGUCCUGGGCGCUUAUCCCCGCGGCACACAUGUCAUCAGUCGGAUUGAAACCUGGAGCGUCCUGCCACAUGGCAUCUUGCAAAUGCGCUUCGACAUAAAUCGAAUUGCAUAG